GACGACGCACCAUCGGCGACUUCCGGAGAGCCAAUAUCAGCACGCGAACCCAGUGCAGCGGGAAACAAAUCACAAACUAUCAACACUGCCCAGGAGCGCGACUACCGGGGAGAACGAACAUAACUAGCAAAGCUUGCCCGGUUGCGGAACAGAGCCCCCCUCUCCGCGUUACAGGCCUGUGGUGGCAGCAAACCCAGUAAAUCCUGCUGGAGAACAGAAGAGGAGAAGAGGAGAGGAGAGAGGAGGAGAAGAGAAGAGAGGUGGAGAAGUGUAAGGAGGAGAAGAGAGGAGGAGAGGAGAGAAAAAAACCUAGAACAAGAGGGGACAGAACAUAGCGGAAGUGGACUUCCUUAAAAAGAAAAGCACUCCAUUUUUCUUUUCCUCCUCUCCUCUCCUCCUCCUCUCCUCUCCUCUCUCUCCCUCCCUCCUUUCCUCUCCUCCUCCUCUCCUCUCCUCUCUCUCCUCCCUCCCUCCCUCCUCCCCUCCUCCUCCUCUCCUCUCCUCUCCUCUCCUCUCCUCUCUCUGCGUGGGAGGAUGAGUGUGUGUGCGGAGGUGAACCCGCUGGUGGAGGGUGUGUUCCGGCUGGUGGCGUGGCUGUACUCGCUGCUGUGCGCAGUGUGGGGGGGCAGCCAGGGGGGGCGCUGUGUGCAGGAGCGCUCGCGGCAGCUGAAGGCGCGCCCGGUGGGGUCGUGCGGGGGCCCCCAGGGGCCCUACAGAGACCUGGCCGCUCUGGGGGGGCUGGUGCGGACGCUGCGGCCGGCGGGGGGGGAGACGCUGGAGCAGGUGUUUGAGUCGGCCGCCAAGCGCUUCCCCCAGCGCCCCUGCCUGGGCACACGCCAGCUGCUCAGGGACGAGGACGAACAGCAGCCCAACGGCAAAGUCUUCAAGAAGGUGAUACUGGGACAAUACCACUGGCGUUCCUACGAGGAGACCCAGCGUGCUGCGCGUCAGUUUGGGGCGGGGCUGGCAUCGCUAGGGCAACGGCCUCGUAGCAAUAUUGCCAUCUUCUGUGAGACGCGCGCCGAAUGGAUCAUCUCCGCCCAGGCCUGCUUCAUGUACAACUUCCCAUUGGUUACCCUGUACUCUACUCUGGGAGGCCCAGCGAUUGCUCACGGACUCAAUGAGACGGAGGUCACACACAUCAUCACCAGCAAGGAGCUGCUGGAGACCAGACUCAUGGCCAUGCUUGAAGAGGUUCCUAGGCUGCAGCACAUAGUGGUGGUGGAGGACAAGCCGCGCAGCUGGCCAGAUUACCCACAAGGCAUCAGGGUGCACAGCAUGGCCGCCGUGCAGGAGCUAGGAGCAAAGCCAGACAACGCAUCAGCCCCUCGUGAGCGUCCUCGUGCGACGGACAUCGCUGUCAUCAUGUACACCAGCGGCUCCACUGGAGUCCCCAAGGGCGUUAUGAUCUCCCAUAGCAACCUGGUCGCCGGCAUCACCGGCAUGGCCGAGAGGAUCCCCAAUCUCGGGUGUGUGUGUGUGUGUGUGUGUGUGUGCAUGUGUGCGUGUGUGUGUGUGUGUGUGUGUGUGUGUGUGCUUGCAGUGUGGGACUACAGCACAGGGCGUGUGGGAGCACCUCUUGUCUGCUGUGAGAUUCGCUUGAAGGACUGGGUAGAAGGUGGUUACCGCUGCAUGGAUAAGCCUCGUCCUCGGGGUGAGGUUCUGAUUGGUGGGCCAAACGUAACCAUGGGUUACUACAAGAACGAAGCCAAGAACCACGAGGACUUCUUCACGGACGAGUCGGGCCAGCGCUGGUUCUGCACGGGGGACAUCGGGGAGAUCCACGCAGACGGAUGCCUCCAGAUCAUCGAUCGUAAGAAGGACCUGGUGAAGUUGCAGGCAGGGGAGUAUGUCUCUCUGGGAAAGGUAGAAGCAGCCCUCAAGAACUGCCCCCUCAUCGACAACAUCUGUGUCUAUGCCAACAGUGAUGAGUCGUAUGUGAUUGGCUUUGUGGUGCCCAAUCAGAAGCAGCUGCUGAACCUGGCGGAGCAGAGGGGGGUGUGUGGCUCGUGGGCGGAGCUUUGUGACAGUCCCAUCAUGGAGGAGGAGGUGCUUAAGGUCAUCACAGAGGCGGCACUCACAGCCCAGCUGGAGCGCUUUGAGAUUCCGCGUAAGCUCCGUCUGAGCGCCGAGCCCUGGACCCCAGAAACGGGCCUGGUGACGGACGCCUUCAAGCUCAAACGCCAGCAGCUGAAGAGCCACUACCAGCAGGACAUCGAGCGCAUGUACGCCAGCAGAUAAGGCCACCUCGGACCGCGCUGGACUCCACGAGACCCCUGCAGACCAGAUCAGACCAGAUCAGACCAGAUCAGACUACAUCAGAUGAACUCCACAAGACUACAGCACACCAGGGAUGCACCAGACAGAACCACAUAGAACCACAUCAAGCCACAUCUGACUCCAUUAGACCAGACGGAACCACAUAGAACCACAUAAGACCACAGCAAGCCGCAUCACACCACAUCGGACUCAAAACAAGACCACACUGGACCAGGACAGACCACAUUGGAUAGUUCAACAAGCUCAGGCCACAGCCACAUGACCGAGAUUCACAAAACCCACAAGACUGAAUGACACACACACACACACACACACACGCACGCACGCACACACACACAUGCGCACGCACACACACACACACACACACACGCACACACGCAGUGUGUGGGACUGUCCCACUGGACACACGGGCGAUAAAGGAUAUCAGACAGGCUACAUGCUACAUGUAUGUACUCUAUGUAUGUAUACUAAUUGCUAGAUGUAUGUACUCUAUGUAUGUAUACUAAUUCUAUGUUGUCAGUAAACAACAUCAGGAGCUA